AGUCACAUGAGAAUCAGAUCCAAGAUGGCGACAACUCAGUCUAAUUUAACUAAUGGUCGAAUAAACGUGGGUCUUCUACGAGAAUGCAGCCGUAGAGAGCUUCUUGAGUGCUUGGACAAGCACCCUGGUAGUAAGGCUUUGGUUUGGGAUGACAAACUGACUGGUCCCUUUGGACUGAUUGCCGAAUACCAACUUCUUAAGGAACAUGAAGUUGACAAGAUGUUCCCUUUGCGUCCUGGUAAACUUCCUCCAAGUCAAGUGGUUAACAUCAUAUUCAUCACUAGACCUGUGCCAUCACAGAUGGAUAUUAUUGCUGAUAACAUUCUAAAAGAAGAGGAUAAAGGAAUCAAGAAAGACUUCCAUAUCAUGUUUGUCCCAAGAAAAACAAUCCUAUGUGAGAGACGAUUGCAGGAGAGAGGUGUCUUAUAUGCAAACAUUGAGGAGUACCCCUUAGAUCUCAUACCACUAGACAAUGAUUUGUUGUCCCUUGAGAUGGAUUCUUGUUUCAAGGAAUGCUACAUUGACAACGACUUCACAUCACUCUACUAUGUUGCCAACUCACUGAUGGGCUUGCAGCUAUUGUAUGGCACCAUACCAAAGAUCUACAGCAAAGGAGAAAUGGCAAAGCGUGUGCUCGAUAUGGUCAUGCGAAAGAAAAGAGAAAUGGCAGACACUGAGAAUCAACUACCACCACAGAUAGAUACAGUACUGUUACUAGACCGAGCAGUGGACCUAUUGACACCUUUAUUUACGCAGCUCACUUACGAAGGGCUGAUAGAUGAAUUCUAUAAUAUACAGAACACUACAGCAAAAUUUCCUCCAGAAAACUUUCCCAAACCAGAAGAGAAAGGCCCCAGCACUUCCCAGCAGCCACCAGGACCCAAAAAAGUUGUCCUCAACUCUGGCGAUGAGCUUUUCUCAGAUAUCCGUGACUCAAACUUUUCAGCUGUUGGUCUUCAAUUGAGCAGACGAGCCAAGCAGAUUAGUGCUGCGUUUGAGGAGCACAAAACAGCAAAAACAGUAGGAGAAAUGAAACAAUACGUCCAAAGGCUUCCAUACAUGCAGAAAGCUAAGGCCUCCUUGGCUAUACAUAUGUCUAUAGCUGAACUGCUCAAGGAAAAAACAGACGAUGAAGAGUUUCGAGAAGAUAUUCGACUUGAACAGGAAUUUGCGCAGGGCUUGGACACAGACAAGAUUAACCCUUACAUAGAGAAAUACAUCGCUUUGAAAAAACCACUUAAUAAGGUGUUACGUCUAAUGUGCAUUCAGUGUUUAACAAACAACGGUUUCAAGCCUAAGAUGCUCGAGUACUACUUUCGUGAAAUCAUACAGACAUACGGGUUUGAUCACUUGUAUCGAACACUGACGCCAUUACAGACCGCUGGUCUCCUCAGACAACAGGGAGCCCGCACUUACACAGCUAUGCGCAAAUCCAUCAAGCUAUUCGUUGAGGAUGUGCGAGAACAGAAUCCUGACGACAUUGCCUACGUGUAUUCUGGUUACGCACCGCUUAGUGUUCGUUUGGCUCAGUUUCUGUCCAGACCACAGGGAUGGAGAGGACUGGAAGAGGUAUUGAGAUUGUUACCAGGACCCACCAUUGAAGAACGACAGCCUUUACCACCCGGCCUACAGAAACGUUCUUCUGCGCCAGCUGAUAGUAAUGUUGGUAGCCCCCCUAAAGUAACACUAGUCUAUUUUAUCGGCGGGUGUACUUAUGCUGAAGUGGCUGCAUUACGAUUUCUAUCACAGCUGGACAACAGUCCAACAGACUUCAUCAUCGCCACGACAAAGAUGAUCAAUGGUUCUUCGUGGAUUGAAUCAAUGAUGGAAGAUACAGUGCCGUUGGAAUCGAAUCCUUUUUCUUAGACUGCAAGGUUACAUUAGGAUUAAAAUAAUAAAUGGCCUCCCUGUGGUAAUAGUAAGGAAAAUAUACACAGGUAUACCAACGGCAUAAAAACCAUUAUACAGGUUGGCCGAGGAAAGUGUAAUAGUGUUUAUUUGAUAACAGGUGUAUGUGUAAUCAAAUUGCCACUGUAUGCUUCAUCUUUGCGACUAAAACCAUUCCUACUAACAUA